AUGCGGACAUGUGGAUACGUGCAGGAAGAGGAGAUGGAGCAGACUCGCAAGCAGCGAGAGGAGGAGGAGCGAAGGCGGCAGGCAGCAGAGGCUGAAGCGAGGGAGUUGAAAGAAAAGAUGGCAAAGGCUGUGACAGAGAGAUCACCGCCUGUUGGGUGUACCGCGAGAGUUGGCAAGUACGGUAGAUUGAGCAUGGGAGGGGGGUCGGAGGAGAAGAGCCAGGAGGAGCAGAGGCUGGAAAGGAGAGAGGGUGAGGGGAAUCAAGCAAGUGGGAGGAAGCAGGGGAAUGAUGACGUGGCAGUGGUGGAAGUUGACAGGGAUGAUGCCGGCACUGACUCAGCGCAUGGCCACAGUGACUCAGCACGCAGAUUCGAUGAGUCAAGGCCCAUGAUGCGUGACUCAGCAGAGCACUGCCGGUUUGUGGCAUCACAGCUGAUAGCGCACUGUCCUCGAGACUUUCUAUCCCUGGUUGCAGCACCCACUGCCGCUCACUGCCUCCCCCUUGUUGCAACGCCCAAUGCCGCUCACUUCCCGCCCACCCUCGUUGCAACUCUCCCUUCCACUCGCUGCCUCCCAUUCGUUGCAAGGCCCACUGCAACAGAGCCACAGAUGACGCACAGAGGUUCUCUUUCAGACCCUCGCAUGCUCUGUCACACCACCACACACGCACAGGCACACAGCCCUGGCUCGUCACGUCUUCUUCUUUCCGUAGACGCGGCAAGGGAAUCUGCUGUUGCGCUGGGACGGAGAGGUGGAGAGGAGCUUCCACAUUGCUCUCAACGCUUUCGCCCGCGCCGUCACCCCCUUCCCUCCCCAUGUCUUUCCCACGCUCGCUGCCCUCGCAAAUUCCAGCUACUGAUUGGUAUUGACUCGCCCUGCCAUUUCUUCUCCACGCUGCUGGACUUUGCCUGCACACAAGCACCUGUGUCUCAGGAUAAAGCUUUUAUAGGGGACAGCAGGGGAUCCGGGGAUGUGGCGAGAGGGUUCAAGGCUGGGAUUGGGAGGGAGAGGAGGGCCGUGGGGGAUGGGUACAGGAGUGCAUGUGGUGUGAUAGAAGUGCUGGGGUUGCUGUGUGACUGGGCUGCUGGGAAAGGGAUGGAGGAGGGGAGUGGUUUGAGUGGAGAGGAGGCGAGGAGCGGAAGCAGAGGGAGCGAGUGUGGGAGGAAGGAAGGCGAGGAGACGGGAGGUUUGCAGAGGGUGAAGCAAGAGGAGCAGCGACGAAUGCUGGAACAGGGGGAAGGAAUUGGGCCGGACACAGCAGGGCGGGUGAGAACAGGAGGAGGGGUAGCAGGGAGGGUGAGAACAGCAGGAGGGGUAGCAGCAGGAGCCGAGGUGCAAGGGAUGGAUGUGGAGGGGGGGAGUUGUCUUGCUGCUACAGGUGCUGCCAAUGCUUCAGCCACUGCUAAUGCUACAGCCGCUGCCAACUCUACAGCCAAUGCUACAGCCUCUGCCAAUGCUGCUGAAGCUGCAGGUGUUACCGACGCUGGGAUGAGGAACGGGAGGGGCACCGGAGCGGUGGAGAGUGGUUGGGAGGUCAUGGCGCUCGUUCUGCCUCGGCUCUUUGACGUUCUGGCAUCUGAAAUAGCUCGGGCGAGAGAGGCGGUUGAGGGAGUGGGGACGGAUACAGCGGGGUUGGAGUGGGUAGGGGUGAACCCAGCGCACGUUCAGGUCGUUGGGGGCUUGGUUCGGUCACAGGCUCGGGUGGUGACAGGCUUGGUUCGGCUGCUCCAGGCGCUGCUGAUGCAAGCUGCUUCGCUCCCUCUCCCUGCGUCUCCUUGCUCCUCCCCGCGACGCCAAAGUAUUGGUGCUGCUAGUGGCAAUGGUGAUGCUGUUGGUGGUUGUGCUGCGGGCGCUGCUGCUGCUGCUGCUGCUGCUGCUGCUGCUGCUGCUGCUUGUGCUAAUGUGGCAGGGGCUCCUAUUGCUGCUGCUGUUGUGGCUGUUAACGGGCAGCAAGCAGCACAGGCAGACAAGGGGAGCUCUGGAGCAUGUCUUGAGAAUGCUCGUGCUGCACAGGGAACAGGUUUUGAUGCACCUCAAAGGCAGGAAUCAAGGCUAGCUGCGUUGGGAGGAGCACAGGCUCUGCUGCUGCACUGCUGCCAGCAGUGCGUCCUACUCAGCAUCGCGCUCGCUGAGCUGUCGGAUAAGGCUGCUGAUGUUGUCAGGUGGGAUGCUGAUGUGGCAGGAAAUAACUGCGAUGGUAAUGAUGACGAUGAAAAUGGGGAGGAGGAGAAAGAGGAGGAAGAGGAUCUUCAUAGUGAUGUAUCUGGAUGGGAAGCUUCUUGGAAGGAGUGUGUGGGAAGCAGCUUGGGCACAGCAGCAGAGGGAGUUGGUGAUUUUCUGUCAGGGAGAGGGUGUUACAGCAUGGGAGGGGGGUGGGUUGGUGUAUGUGGUGCCUUGGCAGCAGCAGCUGAGAUGCUGAGAGGAAUUGUGGAGUGA